CCCUGACUGUGCUGUUGAUUGUGUGACUUGUCUUCUGCUUCCACUCAAGCUAAUUGACAGAUGACUCUCAAUCAGGAGAGGACAUUUUGGUUUGGAAACAUCUGCGAGAAGAAGUGUGGUGGCGCAGGACAUUAGCGGCACGAAGCACAAUGGGUGCCAGACUGACACUCUGCUGCUGUUACUCCUAUCUGAAAUACAACACAGAGGAGAAAAGGCACUUUUUCCGCAUGCACGCUGCUAAAGCUUCCAAGCCACCAGAGCCGCUAUCCUAUGAUUCCGGGUGUAGUGAUACGGAGGAGGAAUGCCAUUGUGGACAGCAGUAUGCCUUGGGGAUGCCUUGGGACAACCAGCAAAGCCCGAGGACAAAUACGCACGGUGCCUCAUCCUUCAGGCGGGAAUCAGAGAGAGAGCUGCAAGCCUUCAUCGGCAUGAGAGAUCAGGUUGACAAAGCUACCGAGGAAUGGGAAAAGCUGAAUUACGACAUCCACACGUUACACUAUGCCCGACGCGAAGUCAGAGCUCGAUGGAAGAAAAUCCUGCUACAUUUAGGAUAUCAGGCUGAGGUGGACGCCUUGUUGUAUGUCAACAAACAAACUGGCCUAAAUCAGGACCACGAGAGUCUUCAUAAAGCUACUGAGCUGUUGAUCCAGUUACUGGACCAUACAUCCCUAUUUCCUCCAGGAACUGGACAUCGGACCAGAUACCUCUAUGUCAUGGAUCGCCUGGUGUCUCUGGACAGUGCUGAAGAAUUUGUCAGGCUGGCCAGAGAAAAAUAUCCAAAAGUCUAAAGACGAGAAGGCUGAAACAACCAUCAAUAAUGGUUCCAAACAUUUAUUAUACACUUUCUACAGCCUGUAUAAUGUCUUAGGUGUAAGUGUGACAUCUUUAUUCUUGCUCAUCAGACAAUAAAAUACACAAAAGUGUCAUUCGGGAGGCACUUGCAAA